AUGAAUUCUCUGAAGAUUCUGAUUCUGUUAUCGCUAAAUGCUCCGAUUUGUUCUGAAAAGCCGACUCCUUCUCAGUGAGCAUGCAGAAACACGUCCACGAAAAUGCACUUUUCCAGAAUACUGAACAAACAAUUGGCAGCAGUCAGUCAGUCUCUGACUCAACUCAACGUCUCCCAUUUCCAAGAACUUUUCAACCGAGAACUGGUCGAUUUGGAUACGGUAUUCCAGCCAAACUGUGGGUGUCCGUGCAAUCAUUGCAGUGUUUAAUAAACGCUGAUUUAUAGUUCUCUACCCAAAUAAUGUGUUCGCGUCGAUGGGAGAUAGUGAAUUCAAGAACAGCUUGAAAGUAAAUUGACAGAGGACAAAAACUAGUUGAGCCAAACGUUUUCCAUUGCAGAUAUUCUCUUCAUUCGAGCCCACAUUGGUUUCAGGCGGAUCAAUCCGUGCGCUUGUCACGAUCAAGUAUAAAAUGGGCGGACAGUCGCACAAAAUGGACAAAGAGGUCGCAAUUGCAAAGGAUUCGAAGAGCCCCACUGGCUACGUGUUCGCUGCGUUCAAAACACUCUGA